UGCUGACAGUGAAAGUUCACAUUCUUGCCUCUUUAGUAUCCUUAGAUAGAGUAUCACCUUAUACCCCUGGUUCCUAUGCCACUGCCCAGUACCUGUACCUACAGUGGUGACAGGGUGACAUGGUGACCUCUUGUGAUAAGAGUGAUGUCCCUUCGCUAACUAGCUGGACUCCGUCUGAGGGUGACAGCUCUUCAUCACAUUUCGUUUUUGCCCGUUUACCUGCGUCCGCACUGAGAGGAAGUGUGGUAUAGACGUGCGAGUGUUUAAACUACUGCAUUACCGAGCGCCCGAGAGAGCAGGUGGAUUAAAGUCUCACGCCAAGUCUCGUGGCGCCCGCGAGAAGCUGCGCGGCGUCCGCAUCAAAGAGAAGUGGGGAUGGGGGCCUCAGUGCCGUCUGCGUUGACGAAGUGGCGCGUGUGUAAGUGCUGACAGAUGAGUGCGCUGUGGUUGCCCGGUUUCGCUGUUGAAUUGCCUCUGGCGCGCUGAUCGCCAGUUUCGAACGUGGGUUCGUACUGCUUGCAUCAAAGCGUUUCUGGACAAUCGAAAGCAGUACAUCUGGGAUACAAGAUGGCGGUGGCAGCGACCCAAGCGUGUUUCCAAUUCUGCCGAACGGUUUGCGCGAAACCAGCCCACAUCAAUCCUGCACUGUUCACUCGAUGUUUGUCAGACUCAUCCCAUCUGGUCAGAUUCAAGAUUGGUUCUUUCGAGUUCUGCUCUCCAGAUCCCACUGGCAAAGCAUGCAACCCUCAUCCUCGACCAGUCGUUGUGCUGGUGGGCUGGCUUAAUGCCAAGAAACAGCAUCUAGAGAAGUUUGCUGACCUGUACCGUGUCAAAGGAUUCGAUGUCCUGACCAUGGAUGUCUCACCCAUACACAUUGUCCGGCCAACUGUAGGCAAAAAGUAUGCCAUGGAGCUGCUUGAGGUUCUUCAGAAAAAUGAUAUCUUGGCUUCCAAAUCAAUUGUGAUACAUGGCUUCUCCAUUGGCGCCUUCAUCUACACACAACUUCAGCUUGCCUUCGAGAAGGAUCCAACCACUUUCCUUGAUGUCUGCCAGCGAAUGACAGGGGUUGUUAUGGACAGUCCUGCCUACAUGGAUCAUAUGUGUCAAGGUAUCGCAGACUCUGCCAGCAGUGUUUCCAUUGUCCGCAUCCUCAUCAACAGCUCACUUCGAUUCUACUUGCGUAUGUUUCCCAAAUCUGUAACAUUUCACUAUUGUGAAGCUGAACGGAUAUUUUACAGCAACACUGUCCCAACUCUCUUUCUGUACUCCUCGGCGGACAAAAUCUCAUCAACAGCAGUGACGGAGAGAUACAUAGAGGCCUGGCGCAAGAAGAACCUGUUUGUUGUUGGGCAAAAAUGGCAUGACUCGCCACAUGUAGGACACCUACGUAAGCACCCAGAAGAAUACUCAAAGGCUUUGUUUUUUUUUCUAGACCGCCUAAAUCUAGGCAAGAUAGUACAAAAGACUUCUUCGUAGCUGUAGAGAACAGGCACAUGUUAACAUAUUAGAGCUUUUAUUUGUUGCCCUUUCAUACCUGUCUCUUAAGAUUGGUGAAAGCAUUUGACUCUCAGUAUGGGUUCAAAGGCAGCGAUACUUCUUUCUAUACGACCAAUGCUGGUCAGUUUUUUUAGUAGUAUUUAAAAAUUAUGAUGCAAUAAUUAUUGCAUGGUUAAACUUUGAUUCAAAAUGAUCUAUGAUUCACUCUCUUUACCAUUUUUGGAGCAAUGAAUCUCAUUAGUUAUUUACUGAUAGUAAAUGUUUCACAGUGGAUAGCACUGGAUAUUUGAAAAUGGAUGAUGUGUAUAUCCCAUGUUCUCUGUGCCCUCAUGGUGACUCGGCACAUUACCAGAAUCUCUAUAUCAUAUGACAGAGCAAGGAGAAACCAUUGACUGUGAGGUGUAAUGUAUGCAUUUAUAAAUCUCUGCUCUUUGGCUUUCUUGGCCUACCAUACAGAAUAAUUAAAUGGCAAGUUUGAGCUGAUUCCAAGCAACCAGCAGAUUUUAGAAUAGACCAAACACAACUUCCCUUAUCCUUGUAAGCAAAAAAAAUGGUUGUACUGAAAACAUUUUUGUGCUCUCUUGACUGAUGAGUACUUCUGAAUCUCACGAUUUUAUUUGCAUAAUGAGAAAUGCAAAGUAUUCUGUCUUUAUUGUUGUUGUCAUUUGCUUGGUAUCAGCUACACUAUUCGCAGCAAUGGUUUAAACCCAAGAGACACAGGGGGCAUUGGUGCACAUCAUGGAGACUGUAAUUGAGGAACCCCACAUUUGAGGCUGUGCCUCCAUUAAACAGACCCUUUCAGUGUUUUUCUUUCUCCCUCGUUCCUCUUCAUCAGACUUUGAAAACAAUAACUCUACACUAUGUGCUUAUUGUGCCUAUAUAGGACUUGUCUAUGGUAAUUCCUAAAUGUCUGUUUGGUAGAACCCAUUGUCAUGUUGUUGUAGAUGGUACAGAAGCCAACUACUCGCAUGGCAAAGCAAGGGAGAUCGAAAGACAGUCAAAAUCACUUCUUAACCAAUGAUGUUUGAUGAAGUGCUGAUCCCGAUACAGGUAUGCUAUAAUAUAAAUAAUCAGAGGAAUACGUAGAUCAUACCAUAAGGAUGGAGAUCCAAUGAGCUUCAAACUGAGAGGUAUCUUUAUGUUGCCAGGAAGUCAGUCAUCACAAAACAAACAUCUUUACUUGCCACAAGUGCAAACUGAGCACUAUAUACAUAGGCUGAAAAUUUGGAAAUGUGACUUUCCAUAUACUGAUGCAUUGGCUUUCUCUCGCACAAGCGAAGUAUGGAAACAGAAAAUAUUUGGGUUUAGACAAUCCAAUCUUUUUAAAAAAAAUCAGAAAACCUCAAAAUUGGUGCACACCUUUGCACAAUACAGUUGAGCCAUAUAUUUUCAGUGACUAGGAAUUAGAAGUUAACUAUUUAUUAAAGUGAACAAUCUAUCAAAGUACUUCUAAUGUUAAUACAUUAGGUCUAUAACAUUGUCUUUUUUAAUAUAUGUAUACUAUAGUUUAAAAACCUUUCACAGAGGCAAGUCUUGAAAUGGUCCUACAUUUAAGCGACUAUUUGAAUGUCCAGUUAUAAAAUUAAAUGUCCAACGAUUAAAAAAAUACACCUGUAAAAACAUGUCACUGACGUCUUUCAUGAGGACUUUUUUUCCCCUCAAGCAGGAAAGUAAUUUGUGUUCAAACCUUUCUUAAAUAAGACAGGUGAAGGAACAAAUAUGCUGCAGCUUAGAGUAAUCUCUCUUUUUCUUUUCUUGUAGCUUGUGGAUUUCUUCAGACUCUGAGUGUUUGGUCUUUCAGAAUUAGUUUAUCAAUGGGAGGUACUCAUGCAACAGACUUUCAAUGUACCUUGUGUGGUUGGCCAGAUGUGGAGCUAACUUUAGAGGUCUCAUGCUACCUGACCAGCAGCUACUGCUGCUGAAGCUGUGACAUCACUGGCCUCGGCAUAUGCUGCAGGUCCUUCAAGGUAACUUCUGGUGCUUAUGUGCAGGCAGGCACUGCCUCUAGUGCAGGAGGCUCUCUGCCUUCCUAUCACAAAUAUAAAGAGAUUCAAAAGCCCAUAUUUCAUUUCCAUACAACAAAGUAGGUUUUAGGUUAAUAUGAGUGUCAUGGGGCAAUCGUUUUUUGAUCCAUGAGAUUGACACCACCCAUAAAUUUGUCGUCGGCAAAGACCAUUUCAGGACAAGACACAACAGAUCUGUUGUCCAUCGACUUGACACAGGUAACAUCAUUUGCCAACAACAUGUGGCUUCCUCCACAUUUCAUAUCAUCGUCUUUUUUUAGAUUACUCACAGCAUGUGUUUCCUAUCAACACACACAGUUUCACACAGGUAUAUUUUCUUUUCCUGUGACUUUAUUUGAAGCAAUGGUGUGUUAAAGAAGUUAUCAAUGUAAACCCCACAACAUAAAUGCUCAAGUGGUUUAGUCAGCAUAACAACCACUCCCUCUCCAAAUCCACAUUCAGUUUAAAUUUUUUCGUCUGUUUGCAAGUUGAAUUGAUACAGGUAACUGGUCUUCAGAUUACACCUGCACCACAUCUGAUUCCCCAUUUUAUUGGUUUUAUGCAUUGCUUCAUUAUGUUGUGCCCCUCAAAAUUUAUCAAGUAUUCAUCAACUGACUGUUGUUUGCUUGGGUUGUGUAUUUUAGAAGCAUCGAUUGAAAUGAGUGAUCAGAGGUUGAACUUUCAAAGCCCUAUUACAGUUGGGAUCUGUUCUUGGGAGAAUCUCUUCAUUGUUUAAAAAGUGUAGGGCAUUCCUUAUCACUUCAAAGCGAUUCUAAGGCACCGCAUUAGCAACAUAUGACACCUGGAAAUCGGGUUCAGUGGACCAUGGUGAUUGGUGUUUUUAAUGCCGAGCCAGCAACUAAGGCUGUAUCACAGCAAGGCAAUCCCAUUCUGCUACAUCUACAAUUCACUUUGCUCAAAAAAGCAAGAGUUAUCAAGCCAUCAAAAUCACAGGAUUUUUUAAAAUAUAUCAAAGGCUUUGGGUUCUUCAUUUCAAUCAGCAUCUAUUGUCGUAUCUAUUGCAAAAACAUGAAGGAUAAAGAAGCAACAUAAAAGUUCUCUUCUGGUCUGUAGGGACAUAUAUGUCCCAUGGCAAAAAAUCAAACCAGCCAAAAACAAAACCCUGAACCGAAAAUAUUUAAACAUUACAAUAGCGACAUCCCAAGUAAAACCAGUGACAGUUUGUCCUCUUGCCACAUAAUUUUUUUGUUUAAAUCAAAUUUCAGUUUUGCGGGUGGUCGUCAAAUUGAAAAUUCCUCUGAAUCUGACAAUGAAAUUAACACAAGUAUCAAAACCAGCCUUAUUUAUAUAAAGUCAGGGACAGACUGAGUGGUUUCAUACAAAUUUGACUGCUCUAUGUUGUUUCAAUUGCAUUUGGAGUCCAUUUAGAAGUAUGGGACAAGUAUGUACCUUUGUCCUCAAAGGGUUAUACAGUGUGUGGAUGUAUAAUUCAUGAUCUGACCACGUAUAAAAGAUGAUUACAAUAUUUGAUCGUGAUAUCCAGUUAGAGUGAAAGAUGAGGUUUAAUACUCUUAAGGAUGAAAGGAUGAAAAGGGUUAUAAUGCAUGAAAUGAAGCUUUUGACUGGUUACAUUGCCUAUAUUGUUGGAUAUGCUAUUUGAAUAGCUUGAUUGUAUAGGGAGACAGAUAAAUGUGCAAGCAUGCGCCAAUUAAUAAAUUUCUGUAUGACCAAGGGGACGGACAUCUAGAGAUUGGGCCUCCUAACCCAUUGAUGUUGAACUUUCAAUGAAUUUUUAAAUAGAUUAAUGCAUCGUGAUCUUGGAGACUUUUUUGAAAACUAUUAAAAAAAUUUUGUUUUUUA